CGCGGGGUCGUACCGACGUCUAACUAUAAAUUAAGACGUUUAUCGAAAAGGAACACAUCAAAGACGUUUAUAAUUUAAUAACACAAUGGUCUAGUGUUCAAAUAAUAGUGUUUACAUAUAUUUCUUUUCAGUAAAGUUUUCGGUGUGGCAUUUCAAGCGCCUGUGAAAGAGUAGCUUUGUUGGGCUGGUUUACUUAAUCUAUGCUUCUAUUUCUGGUCUGCACGACACAUUUGUAAUAUUCGCCCCAUUUGUAUCCCAUUUAGUGUAUUGGCUUUGUUGAUUUAUUUUAUUAUAAAUUGGAUCAAUCAAUAUGUGUUAAGCAUCAAAUGUCUGCAUUAUGGCAGAAUUGCUUCCAAAAAUAUUAAAAUACAGAUAACAAAACAAUUAAGUAAACCAGCUCAUAAAAGCCCGUUCUCCUUUAUAGAACAAUGUAAAUAAUCAUACGUGAGUAACAAUAAGUGCAAUAUAAACCAAUAAAGCGGCUGCAAGACUGAUAUGAUCAUACGCAUGAAAUGACCCAGCCUAGCUGAAACAAGCGCUAUGAUCGCUACUAGCGACCCCACGCCACCAUGGCUGACGAAGAAGUUAUACCUCCAACCUUCCAAGAGAAACUACUCUUCUACACAACAGCCAGUUUCGUACUGCUUGCCACGUUCAGCCUCUUCGCCUUUCUGUUCUUAGUGCCGUUCGUGAUUGAACCAGCUUUCACGACAAUCUUCAUGCAAUUCGAUCCAGUGGCAGCAUUAUGCGUGACGGCACAAGUGAAGCAUUUAGUUGGUGCAAGCAAUUGUUCGUGGGCAUCUUGCAGGGAAGGUUGCACGAAGGAUCUUUUCGAGUGCACCCAGAUAAGAGUAAAUUAUAAACUUGGGGAUUACCCAAACAUAACAGCGACAGACGUUGAGAACUUAGUGAGAGUGGAGAGAGCACUGAGGAAGGAUUACGAGUACGAGAACUACGAAUUUUCACCUCCAGAAAUGUUCGAAGACAAAGAUUUGCCGGACGCGUAUCCAACUGGUCUUCAAGGCAACGACUCGGAAUGGUACUUCACGGGUGCCCGUCUCUUUCCGAACGUGAAAGGGUGCGGUUACCCGCCCAUUUUGAAUUGCACCAUUUUCUAUGGGAAGUACAGACCGUUAGGCAACAACUAUACCUGCUACUACAGUCGGGUGGAUCCCGGAUUAGUGAUAACCGAGUUAGAUAUGUGGCAGAAUACACUCAAUCUGGUAUAUGCCAUGGCGAUACCGAUACCUUCUUUCAUAAUUUCGGUGAUAUAUUUAACGUUUGCGUAUUUUAAAAUUUACAACACUGAAGAGGAAUCUGAGCAGGAACCUCUGAAGAAUGAUGCCGAGGCAAUGGCUACGGGUGAUGAUGAGAAACCGACGACUCCUGGAUCAGACACCUUCAGGGAGGAUCUGGCACGAUUUGGACAUCAAUUGAAAAUGCAACUAGCUAAUGAUAAUCCAAAGGAAGGCUUCGAAUCUAAUAGUCCACCAAUUUCAAAUUCAGCAUCGUUAUCUGGGACCAAGUCAUCCUUCGUGAACGCCUAACCUGAAACUUAACAACAAUAAAUACACAAUAGAGAUGACAGGAUUCCUGAAGGGCUCUGAAGUUAACUGAAGGUUACGGUUACAGAGUGCACCACGAGUUAUGGUGAAUUUCUAUGAGAAAGAAACAAUAUAGGCAGAAUUAUAUUAUGUGGUCGAUAUGUGAUUUUGUACAAACAAUUUGUAAAUCUCACACACUCCUAUAGGAGUAUAGACAUAUAAAGGGAAUAGCUUAAAGAACGUUCGGAAAAUGACGGGAAUGGGCGAAAGAAAUUUUUUAUAACGCGUUGUGAAAUAAAAAUUAUAUGUAUUAAAAAUAAUCGUGAUAAUAAUUUUGUGUCAAGUAAUAAUCUAAUGUGGGUCGACAUAAUGUAACAAUAAUAUAUUCGAUACUUUAAUUAUAAUUUAUUAUUAUAUUAAUAAUUAAUUUAUAUUAUUUGUAAAUAUAUUAAAAAUAUAGGCAUCUCUUUAAUAUAUUCACAAAUAAUAAAAAUUAACCAUUUAUAUAAAUUAAUUACUUAAAUUUAAAUUACGUAUUUAUUAUUAUUUAUCAAUUUAUUAUGUAAUGAAUAUAUUGUUAUAUUUUUAACGUUACACUAUUAUGUCAUAAAUUUGUAUGGCAUAUUACUUAUAUUGCUCAAAUUGGAGUGAAUUAUCAAAAGUAAAUUAUUAUCACGAUUAAAUAAAUUAUAUUAGAAAUUAAAGAAUUUUAUCUUCAAUAGAGAAUACAACUUAUUUAAGAUUUUAUGCUCGUAUGCUAAUGUGUGUCAAACUGCACGCGUGCUGUUAAAAUAUAUUAAAAUACAUCUAUAAUACAUAUAUAUACAGAUAUAUAUUAUACAAAAAAAUACAUGUAUAAAAAUACUACAUAAUAUAAUAAGUUGUUCGCAAUAAAUAAAUGAAAAAUGAUAAUUUAUAAAUUGUUGAUUUUGAGGAGUCAUAGUCGAAAUAGAAUUCUAAAAUUUAGAGAGAAAUAUUAUUAUUAUUCAUAUGAUUAUAAUAUUUAAUGUGCUGAUUAAAUCUUUAAUUUAUUAUUUUACAAUGUAAAUUAUGGUCAGUGAAAUUAAUUAAUACUAGUAAUUAAUAUAAUUUUAGUUUUAGAUUAAUAAGUUUAUUUAUUUUUUAUUAAUAAAAUAUUCACACAUAUAAACAUUACAUUCUUCAGCAUUUUUAGACUAAGCCUAAAAUUAGUGUGCUUUAAUUUUUUUAUACACAAUUGCAAAGCAAUACCUAUGUAUAUUUUGUCAUUGUUAUUACAUCCAUUGGGCACUAUUUUUCCUAUACAAAAACUCAUGAAACCGCAGAAUUGUAACUACUUUCUGUUCACUUAUUAUAUAAGGCUUAAAAUAAUGUAUAACUUUUAAUAAAAUAUAUAUGUAAUAGUCACAAUUUAAAAGAUUUGUUGUGAUGAUCUAAAUCAAAAUGGAUAUUACAAUUAUUUUUUUGUAUCACUACUGGAUACAUAUAUAAUAAUCAAGAAAUUAUGUUCCACAUUAUUGACAUCAUAAAUUUCACAAUAUAUGUUUAGAAGUAGAUAAUCAAUUGAUAGAACGACGUAAAUAAUUAGUAAGAAGAUCCAUUUUUAUUUGGAUGACCACAAACCUUAUUUUAGUGUUCGAAACCGCCCAAUGAUAUGACUCGCAAGUAAGGCAAAACUAAUCAAAAGGCAAUUGUGUGAAAUUGUUGGAAACGCGUAUAUAUUUACACCUUACCAUACCGUUGUAGGCGGUAUCGAUUCUUCCGUCCCAUGCCUGAACUAUUUAAAAAUUCAUUGAUAGUUGUUGUCCAUACCGAUCCGAACCGAUGUACCAAAAUAGAAAAUUGCCUAAUCAAUAAUUUUACAACACAUGUUUCGAAUAUAUUUCGAAAUUCGAAAUUUUCAAUUGUGAUUUUUAAAAAUAGAAUCGCUUGUAUCCCGUGUGAGUGCUGACUAAAAGAUAACUGUUAUUUGCUUAUAAAAAAGUAUGUGUGUUUAUGGUUGUUAUUUUUUUCUUUUUAUAAAGGUAAUUGCAGAUUUUAAAGGCUUGUGAAUAUUGCAUAAAUGCUAGAUUAAUAUUAUUAGCGGUGCCGUAUUACUUAAAAUUGUACAGACAUUAUUGUUUGAUUUAAUUUUGCUAAUUUGGUUUAUUUGAACUUAGGACAAUUGAUAUAAGUUUCAAGUUUUGUACAUACUUAAUUGGUAAAUUGAACAAAUAUUUCAAAAUAACUCUUAUUAUAAUUAUUUGAUUUCGUUACAAAUAAAUAUUUACGUUUAUUUAUAUUACUAAAGAAAUUAUUAUUGUCAAAGAGAAAAAAAAUACUAAAAUAUUUAAUAACCUCUUAGACUGUGAGUUUAACAUUUAGCUAGAUAUUGCUAAAAUCUACGCACAUAAUUAGAAUUAAAAUUAAAAACAAAAAUUAUAGUUAUUUAAGGAAAAAAAUGCAAGCCCAAUCAUUGUUUUUUAUUAUUCGUUUGUAGAUAUGAAUUUUAAAUUGUAUAUAAUGAACAUUACAUUACAUUGUGGUAAUCAACAUUAACGAAGUAUGUGAAAAGGGAGAAAAAUAUCACUUUUAUGAUAAACUGUCGUUUUGUCUCAGUUUUCUUCUUUAAUUUCUAAUCACACAGUUAUAUUAGUAUCUGUGUCAAAAUAAAAACAAUUAUUUUACAAAAAUAUAUGCAUACAUACAACCAGAAGUAUUCUUUUUAUAUUAUACAUCAUUAUAAAGAAAUUAUAUAAUAUGGUGUCGUAUAUACAGUAUGACGUCGAUUAUUAAUGUAGGAAGAUAGAAUCGAGAGUUUUUAAAAUAAACAAACAAAUGCAAGGUAGUAGAUAUAUAGAAAAACUGGAACCAUUUUUUAAUAUGGGUAGGUUUUGUGCGACAUCAAAAAAUCCAUUAAUUUAAUAUUUGAAUUAUAAGGUAAAACAGUUAUGAGACAUAAUACCGCAAGAAGUAUAAAUAUGAAUAUUACAUGUGAUGAUACCGUUAUAAUUGUGAGUACACGUGUAUAAAAUAAAACAAAAAUAUAAUAAUCACUAAUGUAUAAAUUAUUCCGAUUUAUUAAUAAACAAGUAACAAUACAACAACACUAAUACACACUAAAUAUAACACAGUACACAAAAAACUUCUCAAUAGUGUUGUCCUAAGUUUUAAUUUUAUUUUGAUGUUUGAUGUGCUUUUAGAUAUAACUUUUAUUAUUUAUUUUGUCGAGUCGGAAUGGGAGAUUUACAGUAUUAUUAUUUGUGUAUUAUUUAUUUAAACCAUAAUUUGUAUUUUAAUAAUACUAAUAUUAUUUUCACAAAUACACUAUUUAGUGUUGAAUUUAUCGUAACUAUUCAAACGAUUAAUUAGGAUAAUUAAUUCAAAAAUAUCUAUAAUAGCUUUAGUGUUAAGUGAAAAAGCAAUUCAUUAAUAUAUCAUCGUAAUUUAAUGUCAAAUUAUUUUUUCUAGAUGUUAACUGAAAUUUUUCUUUAUCCCAGUAAACGUCUGAAUUUUGGUUGUGUAAAUUAGAUUUUUAGUGUAAUAAAAAUCAUUCUCAGAAAUGUCGCUGCGAUAAAUAUGUUGUAAUUAUAACGCUUAUAAUAUUGAUGCCGCACUCAAUAUUAUUAUAUUCAUUAAAUAAUAAUAAAAAUUAGUUAGAUUUCAUUUUUCGUGUGUGAAACAAGUACGGUCGUAGAUUUAAAAUCUGAAAUAAGACCAUUACAACAUUUCAAAUUCAAUAAUGUAAUAAAUGCCAAAUGUUCUAUUACCCACGCCCAUGUUCUAAUUAACACUGGUAAUACUUAUAAUACAUACUUAUAUAAUAUAAUAUAUUGAUAGUGAUGAAAAAAGAACUAAAUAAAUAUAAAUAAAUAAAGAAUUCUACAACAGAAAAAUAUUAUUAUAAAAUAAAGGGGAAAUAAUUGAAAAAAUUAAGAAGCACAUUAAGAAAAAAGAAAUGGAAAAUGCAUUACUUAAUUUAAAAAAAUGCAAUUUCACUGGUAUAUUGUAAUUUUUUCUUUGGAUUGAUAGGCAUUGAAAACAAGUAGUACAGAGUGAGGAGAAAUAUUCGUUUCUUAUACUUAAAUUAAAAAUAGCAAAGAGCGAAACAGCAUUAUUACGAAUAAACAUCCCUUAAAUAUAAUUAGUAGAAAAAAAAACGAUUUUCUGCUAAUUGCUACAUGUUAAUAUUAUUAAACAAAAUUAAAAGGGAGAAUAAUCUGUGAUUAAAUUUAUACAGAGUGAAACUAAAGUCAUUAGUAUCCUUUUAAGAUAGUGAUUUAUCAGUAAAACUGAACAUUUUCUGCGAGGAGUUGAAAAAUAAGAGAAAAUUCGGAAACCUCCCAGAACAACCGAUAAAUACGUCGUAUUGGAGGUUCUCAAUUUUUCUCGUUUAUUAAUCAUAUACAUCUUUGAGUGAAACUUCUUAGGAUAGUAAUGAUUUAGAUUUCAGCCUAUAUACCUAUGUCUGGACUAAACUGGAAAUAUGAAAAGAGGACUAAAUAAUGGGUAUGUAAAAAUCGAUUAUCAAUAUGUUAGAAAUACAGUAUCGGUCUAUGUUAUGGCCACUUACAAAGACGAAACAUAAAAAAAAGAUCAUUAUAAUAUAUUGACGUUUAUGAAUAAUUUAUUUGAUAUUUAUUGUUAUAAAAUAUAUUAUAUAUUUAUAAAUAGCGUCAAAGUUAUUGAUCGUGCUACUUAUUAUAUAUAAUUUUUAAUUAAUAUCAAAAUUUAUAAAUAAAGUAACACAAAUGAACUGAAAUUGACGAUUUAGCAAUGUAAUUUUGUUACAAAGUUAUUUGUAUAAGUAUAACGUUUCGCUUUUUUAAUUAGAACAUCAACUUAAACUAGACCUGAUUGAGCAAUUUCAUAGUAGUUUAUGAUCUUGGAAAAGUUGUAGAUAAAAAAUUCAUUGUAAAAACGAAUUGGUUAAUAUUUUUAUAAGGCAUCAUCAAAAUGCCACUAAAUCAAGAAGUUCGUAUUGUAAAUCCAUUGAAGGUGUAACCUUUGUCUCGAAGCUAUGAUUUUAAAUUUACACGCGUAUUUGUAAAUGGUUUAGUGGUAAGAAUGAUAACCUUUAUUAAGGAUUUGUUCCGGUUACACACGUGCAAUACACAUACACAUAAUUGAAUAUAAAUUGGGAAAUUGGUGUAUUAUUAUAAGUACAUGCCUUUGAAUAACUGCAAUAUCAAAAUUAAAGUGUAAGUACUUUAAUUUUUUACUUUAAACCUAUCUAUAGAUAAUUCGAAAUUCAAUCUUCAAAAAUUGAAUUAGGUGCCUAUAAAACGCUCAAUAUAACUAAAUACAUUCUUGGUUUAUCAAUUGUAGAUGUAGUUAUAACAACCGAUAUAUGCGUUUCAUGGAAAAAAUGUAGUACCGAAAAGCGUGAGGUAUUUAAUCCGCCCAUUUAAUCUAUCUCUACCUGUCUUACUCCACUUGUAGCAAUCAUACAUAAUUAUUGUCAUUUCACAUUUUUCACCAUUCUUAAAAUGUACAUAAUAUACAUCUUUAAGCUUAUCUGUUCUCACGGCCAUGAACUUAUAAUGUUAAUUUUAUAUUACUAUCACAAUUUAAAGUCUAAUGGUUAUUAAUAUUUACAAAGACAAUUGUGAUUAUAUCUAUUAAUUAAUAUAAACAUAACUAACAUAAAUAUAAUACGUACAUAUUAGUUGUGUAUUACAUUUAUAUUAUUUAUGUAUUCCGUUUAUAAUAAUUGUGUACUGUUCAUAUGAAUUAUGUAUUGUUUACAAUUCACCACGUGUGUAACAGGCUUAAUAUUAAAAUGUACCGCAGUUUCAUGCUAUGAACUAACAAUGCGAAAUGUUUAUAACAAUUCAGUGAUCGUUGUAAUGCGUUUUCAUUUCGAACUGUUGCCUUAUGACUGUUUUGUACAUAAAAAUAAAUAAAAAAGUUAGUAGGAAUAAAAUACACUUAUUGGCUUCGAA